UCAAACACCGCACAUCCUCCUCGGGCCCGGCUCCUUCUUGACAAGCUUUGGGCAGCUCCAACCCGCGCCAUGGACCCUGCUCGCCCGCUGAGAGUGUUGCUUCUGCAGCUGCUGCUGUUGGAGGUUGCGCCUGGCCUCGAUGCUGGGGCGUCCACAGGAAAUAACGCGCAGGUCUGCCUUCUGCCUCCGGACCAAGGACUCUGCCGGGCCCUGCUUCUCAGGUAUCACUAUGACAGGUACACGCAGACCUGCCAGCCGUUCUUCUACGGGGGCUGCUAUGGCAACGCCAACAAUUUCUACACUUUGGAGGAGUGUGAAGACGCUUGCUGGAAGAUCGAGAAAGUUCCUUUUAUUUGCCGUUUAGAAGUCAAUAUGGGUCCAUGUGAACAGCCCAGAGACCAGUAUUUCUUCAACUUAAGUUCCAUGGCAUGUGAAAAAUUCACAUCUGGUUUGUGUGAACCCAAUCAGAACCAAUUCCCUGAUGAAGCCACUUGUAGGGACUAUUGUCUGCCAAAGAAGAAAACUCCAUCCUUCUGUUACAGCCCAAAAGAUGAGGGACUGUGCUCUGCUAAUGUGACUCGCUAUUAUUUUAAUGCAAGACACAAAGUCUGCAAGGCCUUUACCUAUACUGGCUGUGGGGGGAAUGAAAAUAACUUUUAUUACAUGGAGGAUUGUGAACGUGUUUGUACACAAGCCUUGCAGAAAGAUGAAAAGAAGAUGCCAAAGCGUUUCUUUGCCAGGAAAAGGCUGAACCUCCUGAAGAAGCACUCUAGAAAGAAUUCUAGCAAUGUGUUUACAGUUUUAGCUGAAGACUACUAAGUUAUCAUGGGGAGGGGGCAUUUGCU